AUGGACAAAAAUACAGGCAGAGAUCUGUGCAGUGGUCAGAUUCAGGUCCAGAUCCAGGAAGGUCCUCUGUAUAGAGUGAAAGGAUAUCCCAUCUCCAUAUCCUGUAAUGUUACAGGGUUUACAGGCCCAUCUAACCGGGAUUUUCAGUUCAUUCUCAAGAAACCAAAUGUGGAAUUAAAUAUGAUCAGUACCAGUGACCCAGAGUUUGCCUACGGAAUGUUCUCCGGUAGAAUAAGAAAUAAAGAGAUGUAUAUUCAAAGGCUGUCUGGAUCUUCAGUUCUCUUGACAAUCAACAAUUUGCUGGAGAAUGAUGCAGGUGAUUUGCUCUGUGAGACCCUACACACAGGUGGUGCAUAUUACGGAGAUUAUGCUGCAGAAACAAAGCUUAAUGUGAUUGCAGACACCCUGGAGGCAUCAUACUCUGGCUCUCCCUCUCAGAGCUUGUCUGAAGGUGAUCCUCUUCAGCUUGAGUGCCAGGUCUCCAGCCAGACUUUUCAACACACUCAUCUGUCGGUCACCUGGUUUCUUCAUGGUGAAGAGGAUGAAAUCCCCCGGCCAAUCAUUACUCUGGACAAAGAUCUGACUGUAAAGCCAGGAGCUGGAUUUGAGGAUGGCUAUCGUGCUGGUCUUAUCAGCAUGGAUAAGGUGGAGGACACAACCUACAGACUGAAGAUGCCUCAAGUGCAGCAGUCAGACCAGGGGAAGUUCUUCUGCAAAGCCAUUGAGUGGAUCCAAGACCCAGACCGUUCCUGGACACAGAUUGCCCACAAAACCACCACAGCAUGCAAUGUGGAGAUCAAACGAAUCGAUCAGAGAAACUAUCAGCUGUCCAUUCAACAGCCGUCAGACACUCAUUUCAUUCUCAUGGUGCCGAGAGCCAGCAAGCAACAAGAAGGACAGUACCAGUGUCAAGUUGAUGCCUAUCAAAAGGAUGUACAGAAAGCCUUGAAGAACUCCAACCCGUUAGCUGUGAUUGUACACAAACCUGAAAUUAAACUGCAUGUUCAGAAGGAGAACCGAACAUUUAACAUUACCAAUCAUCAGACUGCAUUCACCAUUGACUGUGUCAUUGACUCACAAUCCAGUGAUAAGUCUGUCUUUGAGGUCACCUGGUUCAAGGUUCAGGAGGAAGAAGGACCAGUCACCAUCUUCACCGCCAGGCGUGACGGUACUUUACACAGUGCAAUUAGCGAUAAAAAUCUUCUGUUUGGACGACCACUUGCCACACACUAUAAACUGACUGUGCCACAGAUCAACCCCACUGAUAUGGGGCAAUACUACUGUCAGGUUGAGGAGUGGCUUCUAACUGCUAACACCUGGAAGAAAUUUGCUUCAGAUAAAUCUGGAGAGCUCUCCAUCUAUGUUCACACUGAAGGUGAUUCUGAAAAACAGAUAGACCCAUUGGGAAUAACAUUGGCAAUCGCUAUUCCUCUGAUUUGCUUUCUUGUAUUGGUCAUACUAUUGUUGUUGAGAAAGGGCCACAAGAAGAAACCUGAACUGAAGAAGAAGAAAGACUGUCUGUGGGCUGAAAAAAAUGGCCUUACUCUCGUGCCUUCUUGCGAUUAGAUUGUUGUUUUAAAAUGCUCAUGAUCAGAUUGCAGUUACAUUUUUAUCAAUUAUAUGAUUACAUACAUUCACAAUAGUAUGUAAUCAUUUCACUUUUAAGAAACUUGGAAAAAUAUUACUGUACAAUAGGCCUAUACGUUUCCUAAUUUUCUGUUGACUGCAAAGUUACAUGCAAAAUCUAAAAAAAGCAUUUUGGUUGCUUGUUUGAUCAACAUUUCAUAUCUAAUCAACUCCUGACAAACAUUUUAAUUAUUAUUUGACAUCACUCUGAGUCAUUUGAUGCUUUACUAUAGGGGUUGGCAACCAGUGCCACGAGUGCCAACAUCUUACACUGGCACAUGAGCAAGACAGAUGAAUGUAUUUCAUUUAAAGUCCCUCACAGCUGCAUGAUAAUCUAUACUUUCAGUUUAUCAUUUUUUUUCAUAGCCAAAGCUAUAAAUACUAUUAAUGUAUGAGAAUUAACUUGUGCCUGUAAACAGCAGCUCUGAUAAACCAUGUGUGCAACCACUGCAUAUCACAAACCACUGAAACUGCAGUGCAGGUUAAAGUAGCAGCUAGCUCGGUGCUUUCAGACAAGUACAUUUUUCUUCAGUUGUGCUGCACAACUGAGUGGAUGGCAGCUUACAGUUUUGUUGUAUUUGAUACUCUUAGCUUUGAGUGCAAAAUAAGUUAUGCUAUCAGUGUUGACAUUUUUCAGCUCAGUUUCUUUAAAAUUCCACAUAAUGACAGUGACGGGUGAACUACAACAUCAAGAGAUUCAAAGUCUAGCUUAAGCCUGAAAAUAAAAUACUUUUAGGAUUGAAAUGUUUAAAACACAUUUAAAUUGUCUGACAAUUGCUUCAGAAAUAUUUAAAAUUGUGCUUUAUUAAUUUGUCAGUCUGCAAAUCAAUUAAUCAAGUCUGUGACUGAUAAUGUUAUGCUGGGAUAACAUGAAUUAUUAGGUUUCAACGUUGACAAAAAAAAACUUGCCAACCCCUGUAUAGACCUAAGUCAGGGUAGAUAGACACCAUAUUGAAUUUUAUGGAUGAGGCUGGGAGGAAUAGACUUACAGUCUUUACAAAGUUAAAGAACACGUGAUUUUCAUUAUAUACAUUUUAUACACAUUUUUUUUUGGACUCUUUUCUUAUA